GGACUGACUGACACAUGUUUCCAAUAACUGAGAGCGAGUGGUCCUUGGUUAGUCCUUCAGUCUGUCCGCAGACACAGCAGAGACAACAUGAGGCUUUUCAUCAUCCUGCUGCUCGCUCUGGUCGCUGACGGCUUGACUGAAGAUGAGUCCUGUUUGGUCCGCUGCGAAAAUGGUUUCGACUCUGAGAGGAAGUGCCAGUGUGACUCCAUGUGCAAGUAUUACAGUAGCUGCUGCAAGGAUUACGAGGCCCUCUGCGGGAUGAUGACUCGCGGAGACACCUUCGAGUUUGCAGAGGAUGAUUAUGACUUGUCUGUGAUCACUGCUACAUCUGAUCAACACUCAACAGGCAGCCAGUCUCCUACUGCCCCCUCGACCCCACAGCCUCUCGUCCCAGACUUUAGUCACAGGUUACGUCAGUCUCCAGAGAUCAGUCUACAAAUGACCAGACCCCCACACCUGAAGAACCACAGAGUCACACCUGUUUCACCUCCUCCCAAAAGUGAGCCCUCCACGGUGACGUCAUCUCCUCAGACCCACACAACGGCCCAGACCACCACCGUUCCCACAACAAAAGCCACCACCGCGGCGCCUGAUCCAGAUGCUGAGGUCUGCAGCGGCAGGCCUUUUGAUGCCUUCAUGCAGCUGAAAAAUGGCUCCAUCUACGCCUUCAGGGGUAAAUAUUUCUUCGAGCUGGACCAGAAGUCGGUGCUAACUGGUUACCCAAAGCUUAUAAAAGACGUGUGGGGCAUCGAGGGUCCGAUUGAUGCUGCUUUCACUCGCAUCAACUGCCAGGGGAAGACUUAUAUCUUUAAGGGAAACAAGUACUGGAGGUUUGACAACAACGAGCUGGAUGAUGAUUAUCCUCGAGACAUCAGCGUUGGCUUUGAUAAGAUUCCUGAUCAUGUGGAUGCAGCGUUUGCACUGCCUGCUCACAGCCACCACGGGAAAGAGAAGGUCUACUUCUUCAAAAAUGAUCAGUAUUACGUUUAUGAGUUUCUGCACCAACCGUCCCAUGAGGAGUGCGCCGUCAUGUCUGAGAGAUCUCCGUCUGCCUUGUUCAGGCGCUACACUGAUCUGUACUACAACAAUUACGAGCGUUUCUUUCAUGAGCUCUUCUCUGACUUACCUCAGCACCAUGACAAACACCACUUCAUCAACAAGGACUGGAAAGGCCUCAAGUCUCCGGUGGAUGCUGCCAUGAGUGGCCGAAUCUACAUCACUACGGGGAGGUCAAUGCCCCGCCGCUACGACUACCAGCCUGACCAGCAGGGAGGUGGACGGCAGUGGGGGCAGCAGAACGGGUGGCAGAGGGGUCAGAGGAGGUGGAACCGCUCACCCCACUGGGGGUCUGCGGCUGAGCAGGGGUUGAACAUGGGUCAGAGGUUUGCUGAGAGGGGGAUGGAGAUGGGUAUGAGACUUGCAGAAAGGAGGAUGGAAAUGGAGGACAGGCUUGGUCGAGACUGGGACAGGCGCUGGGACCAGGACUGGGACCAGGACAGACGCUGGGACCGUUACAACCAGAACAACAGAGGGAACUAUGACUCCAGAAACGACCGGUCCUUCCUGAGGGACAUGCCCAUACAGAGCGUCUACUUCUUCAAAGCAGAUAAAUACUACAGAGUGGACCUGAGGACAAAGAGAGUGGAUCCCGCUAUGCCACCGUACCCCAGAUCCAUCGCCAAGUACUGGCUCGGCUGUUCAGACACAACCGGAGCAGAGAAAAAGUAGUUUCACCUGCGUUCCCUUUUUGUUGUUUCUGUGUGGUAAUGUGUGAGAUCAGUGCGGCUAAAAUAUGGUGUCUCACGUUUGGUGUAACGCUGCUGGUUGUUCAUCAACUCCAACAAACAGCAGCAAUCAGUGAAAGUCCAGAACGUUCAAAGUUCAGCUGAUUUCCUGAACAGUCAGCUGAUCCAUUAGACUGUAUUUGUGAGUUUUUACCUAGUGAUCAUGCUUUUCUAAAUUAAAUACAAACACCAUGACUGAUAUAACAGAAGCACCAGCUGUAGUUUUAUCUGACAUGUUUCUGUUGCUGCCUGUAAUAAAAAUGCUGUUGAAUUCCCAUCAGA